AUGCAUCUCGUCGGCCCGCUGCUGCAGCUGCUGCGCUGCAACUGCUGCAGCUACUUCAGCUGUACGCACACAGACACAGCAGCAGCAGCAGCAGCAGCAGCAGCAGCAGCAGCAGCAGCAGCAGCAACAUAUAUUGCAGCAAACCCCACACGAGGAGACAAAACACAGAAAAGAGAGACAGAGGAUACACAAGCCAGCAGCUCCGCUGCUGCUGCUGCAGCAGUAGCAGCAACAACAGCAGCAGCAGCACCACCACCAUCACCACCCUCAGCAACAGCAACAGAAGCAGCAGCACCACCACCAUCACCACCACAACCAUCACCACCACCACCAUCAGCAGCAGCAGCGGCAACAGCAACAGCAGCAGCAGCAACAGCAACAGCAGCAGCAGCAGCAGCAGCCACAGCAGCAGCAGCAGCAGCAGCAGCAGCAGCAGGCUGCAUGCAUACCCAGGCUCCAGCAGCGACAAACGCCACGCGUCAACAGCAGCAGCAAGCACCUAAAAAGAAAAAAAAAAACAAAAAAAUAUACACAAUACAGACAGCAACAGCAGCAGCAGCAACAGCAGCAGCAGCAACAGCAGCAGCAGCAACAGCAGCAGCAAUCGCACAAGCAGCAGCAGCAGCACACGCAGUAGAAGCAGCACUAGAAGCAGCAGCAGCAGCAGAAAAUGACGGCAACAGCAGCAGCAGCAGCAGCAAAUAG